AUGUCCGCCGAGGAGCAGCAAGCGGCCAAGUCCGAAUUCGACAAUGUCGUGUCGCAGUCGCAGUUCAAGAACAUUGGAGAGAUCGUUGAGAAGGGAGAAGGUGACGAUGAGGAGCUGGGUCCCAUGUCGGUCGAGUCUCUCUGCAUGAACUGCCACGAUAAUGGAGUCACCCGUCUACUUCUCAUUCGCAUUCCCUACUUCCGCGAUGUCAUCCUUGAGUCUUUCGAGUGCGAACACUGCCACUUCACCAACAAUUCUAUCAAGGCAGCUGGUCAAAUCCAAACCCAAGGCGCAAAGUAUACGCUCGAAGUCGAAAGCCUAGACGAUAUGCAAAGACAAUUGCCCCCCCGUGAGGGUACCUUGACCAACGUUGAGGGCGCAAUCCAGCGUGUCCACGAGGGUCUUUCCAACGACCAGCCCGCUCGCAAGGAGCAAGCCCCCGAGCUCUAUGAAGCCCUCCAGCCCCUGGUCGACCGCCUCAAGAGCUUCUUGGAUGGCACCGGUUUCCCCUUCACCAUCUCCCUCGACGACCCCACUGGAAACUCUUGGAUCGCCCCUAACACCCUGGACCGUGGCAACAAGUACCGCACCAAGCUCUACUACCGCACCCACGAGCAGAACGAGGAGCUCGGAAUCUCCGCUGACCCCGAGGCUACGCAAACGGAGGAGGACCCCGAUUCGGAGAUCGUGGAUGGCAAGGAAUACUGUUUGCCUGCUGAGUGCCCUGGCUGCACCAAGCAAUGCGAGCUGCUCAUCAAGAAGGUCAACAUUCCUUACUUCAAGGAAGUCUACUUGUGGAGCAACGUCUGCGAGCACUGCGGACUGCGCUCAUCUGAUGUCAAGACCGGUGGAGAAGUCCCCGAGCUCGGCAAGCGCAUCACCUUGAUCGUCAAGGAGCAGGUUGAUCUUUCCCGCGAUAUCCUCAAGUCUGACACUUGUGCCGUGCACAGUGACGAGCUUGAGAUCUCGAUCCAGGCCGGUACCCUUGGUGGCCGUUUCACUACCCUUGAGGGCUUGCUCACCGAGGUGCGCGACAGUCUGAAGGGUCACCUGUUCGAUAUUGGUGGUGGCGGUGGUGACAGUCUCGAGUCUAACGAGAAGGCAAAGUGGGAUCGCUUCUUCGAGCGUCUUGAAUGCGCUAUCAACGGUGACUUCGAGAAGUUUGGCGGCCAGUUCAGUAUUACUCUCAGCGAUCCGCUGGCCAACAGCUACGUCCAGGAUCUGUGUGCGCCUGCUGCGGAUCCCCAGAUCACCACCGAGGAGUACAAGCGCACUGACGAGGAGGAGGAUGAUCUUGGUCUCAAGGACAUGAAGACUGAGGGCUAUGAGGACGAUGCCCAGGAGGAGCAGAAGGAGGAGCAGAAGUCAUGA